AGUAUAUGUAAUAAUAAUACAAUGACAGAACAUCAGAAAGAGAGUCAUGUUAAGAAAUCACAUGAAGUGAUAAGGAACAAGGGAGUCUAUGCCAAGAGGAAGUGCCAUGAUUGUUUCUUCCUGCUCCUUUUCAUUGCCUUUUGGGCUGGAAUGAUCAUUGUCGCUGUAUAUGGUCUAAGAGAGGGUGAUCCAAAGAGAUUACUUUAUGGAACAGACUAUCAAGGUAACACAUGUGGAAUUGAUAAUGUAAAGGCAGGAAAGAUUCCAUCAAACUAUUCAAAGGACUUUACGAACGAGAAGUACGUCUACUUUAUAUAUUAUCCAUUGCUCACAUCAUACCGCGCGAUAUGUGUCAAUCAAUGCCCCACCGUGACGUAUUUGAUCCCCUCGAAUGAAACCGAGCUCAUCUGCGCCUACGACACCACGCCAGCAAUGGACCAGGUGUUCCCCAAUGGCACGUGCAUGGGCAGCAUCGCGUCCACCCCCGUGCUCAAUCGCUGCGUGCCCACCGAGCUCACCAACGCCACGAGCUCCAUCGCCGACAAGGUGUUCCAGAUCAUCAGCGACAACUUUGGCGAGACGUCCAACAAGCUGUUCACAGACAUCGUGGAGGACUGGCGCUACAUUGUCUAUGGCGCGCUGGUGGCCCUGGCCGCCGGCCUCAUCUACAUCUUCCUGCUGCGUUUCUUGGCCGGUCUGCUGACGUGGGCCACCGUGCUGGGCGUGAUUGCCUUGCUGAGUCUGCUGUGUGUCCAGGUGUAUUAUCAAUGGCAGAAGGCACAGGACACCUACAACUCGAUCCCACCCAACCAACGUCUGCCUCUGCAGUACGACAAUGUUCUGGCGCUCAAGGUUAUCUUCAUCAUACUAUGUUGCAUAACAGGCAUCCUGGCAUUGAUCGUGUUGGCCAUGAUCUCGCGUAUUCGUCUGGCCAUUGGCAUCAUCAAGGAGUCGAGCAGGGCGGUCGGCACCAUGCCCUCCAUCUUCUUCUUCCCCGUAUUCAUCUUUGUCGUGCUGUGCGCCUUCAUUGCAUACUGGACCGUGAUCACAGUGUACCUCGCCACGGCCGGCACGGCCACCUACGACGAUAACGGCGUGUUCCUGGGCUUCCUGCCCAGUCGCAAGCUGACCUAUCUGCAGCUCUAUCACUUCUUUGGACUGUUAUGGACGUACGCAUUCAUAUUGGCCGUUAACCAGUGCACUAUAGCCGGUGCCAUUGCACUUUGGUAUUGGGUAAUGAACAAGAAGGACACACCGUACUUCCCCGUGUGGAAGUCAUUCUUCCGCGUGCUACGCUACCAUCUUGGCUCACUGGCGCUUGGCUCACUCAUCCUGGCCGUCGUACAAUUCAUUCGAUGGAUGCUCCGCUUGAUCGAGAAGAAGUUCAAAGGCAAAGAGGCAUACCUCGCACGUUUCGUCCUCAAAUGUCUCGACUGUCUCCUCGGUUGCUUCGAGAGGUUUAUCAAGUUUAUUGAUGAGAAUGCUUAUAUUAUGAUAUCAAUCUAUGGAUACUCAUUCUGUAAAGGAGCAAGACGUGGAUUCUCAUUGAUUGUUAGCAAUGUGUUGAGAGUGGCUGCCGUGAGUGUAAUAAGUUCAUUCUUGUUAUUCCUUGGACGUAUACUCAUCACUGUAGUAACAGUUGGUAUCGCAUUCUACGUCCUCCAACGUGUGGAUAACUCUGGAUUCUAUGUUGUACCUGUUAUAUUAAUUGGAUUCAUUGCAUUCUUUAUUGCUGGAGGAUUCAUGUCUGUGUACCAUAUGGCUAUUGAUACGAUGUUGCUAUGUUUCUGUGAGGAUAGUGAGAGGAAUGAUGGAUCAGCCGAGAAGCCAUACUUUGCUCGUGGUUCACUGAAGAAGUUUAUUGAUGGAGGCCAUAUUCCAUGUUGCUAG